AUGGAUGCGAACGACAGCACGUCCUCGGACGACGACCUGCGGGACGAGUCCCCCGAGCCCCAACAGGCUCUGGAGCCCUUGGCCUGUGUGGCCUGUCGUGCGCGUAAGCUCAAGUGCGAUCGGACGAAGCCUGCAUGCAGUCGCUGCACCAAGGCCACUGAUGGCACUGUGUGCGUGUACCCGGAGUCGCGCCGCAAGCCCAUGUUCAAGCGCCGUAAUGUCAAGGACAUUGAGGCUCGUUUAGCCCAGGUGGAAGGCUUGUUGAAGGAUGCACCUGGCCUCGACCGCAAGAGGACUGCCGCCGAUGAGCACGACUUUGAAUCUGCCAGUGGUUCUGCAGUCCGCAACGGCACCGGUCUUUUCUCAGUCAUCACUGAAACUGAACUGGACCGCGGACCCAAUGAUGGAGGUCCGGGUCCGGGCGUCCCUGUUGGCGAGGGUGCCUUCUCCACGGAGCUCAUGGACCUCGGCAUGUCCGAAGCACCGCCCCCGUAUGAGAUCAUUGAGGUCUUACACACAGCCUACUUCCAGAACCAGCACAUGUUCAUUCCCAUUGUGCACAAGGCUCGCUACCUCAAGGCGUUCCACUCGGCCCCGCACCUGCGGCCGCCCAUGGGCCUGCAGUACGCCAUCUGGGCCAUGUCCUCGCAGGUGUACCGCAAGUAUUCUGGCUUUCACGAUGCUUUCUAUCGUCGCGCCCGACAGUAUCUCGAAAACGACGAGAUGAAGGGCCAUGGAGAGCAUUUCAUUACCAUUGGCCAUGCGCAGGCAUGGGCGCUUCUGGCCGCAUACGAAGCGCGUCGCCUCUUCUUCACGCGGGCGGCGAUGAGCUGCUCGCGCUGUGUUCGUCUCGUCGGCAUGAUGGGCCUCAACCGCCUCGACGACGAAACCUCUGGCGAUCGUAUUGCGUCCACCCUGCAGCCCCCGGCGGACUGGACUGAGCUCGAGGAACGACGACGUGUGUACUGGGGAGCUUUCUGUGUCGACAGCCAUGCCUCCAUCUCGACCGGUUGGCCUACCCUGAUUAAUGCCAACGAUGCAACGACACACCUGCCAAGUUCCGAAGAGGCAUUUGCGCAAGGCAUCCCUCAAGUGUCUUGCACGAUCGACAACAUCUUUUCAGGGUCGACGUACUCGACAUUUUCCACCGCCAUCCUUGUGUGCCAUCUGUUCAAUUCAAUCCUGCUUCAUGUGCAGCUCAAGCCGAGCGACCGACCAGAGGACUUUGAGUAUGGCCCCUUCUGGGAGCGCCACCGCAGCCUCGACACGAAGCUGUCGUCGGCGUUUGUGUUUCUGCCCGAGCGCUACCGCCUGCCAAGCAACUUCCACGACCCGGUCGCUGUGCACACCAACUUGAACUUGCACGCGGCGGUCAUUUGUCUGCACAACGCGGCCGUCGAACGGGCCGAGGCCCACAACAUGCCGGAGGCGGUCGUCCAGAGCUGCUAUGACCGCAUGUCGACGGCUGCCCGGGAGAUUGUCAACAUUAUCGAAAGAACGAGCCACAUGGCGGGUAGCUAUAAGAGUCCCCUCGCCUCCUUGUCGCUGUACUGCGCCACGUCGGUUUUCGUCUACCAGGCAAUGAUGCAUGAAAAGAACCAGACGCAGGACACCGACGCGGCCGAAACCACGGCGGGCUACAUUGCGUUCAUUAUGCGCUGCAUGGACAAUGGACGCGCCAACAAGGUCACGCGCCUGUUGCUGCACCAGGCCAUCAUGGACAUUGACCGCAACGGUCUGGCCACGGCCAAGCACUUUUCCUGGUUCGCGCGGUACAGCAGCCGGACUGUCGAUGAAGGCCACUAUGUACCUGUGCUGGCCCGCUCCGCCGUGUCGCGGCACUCGUGGCAGCAGCCGCCCAUGGCCGGCCGGCUGCCGCUGAUCAACACCCACAACACCAAAAUCAUGAAGUCGCAGCAGUGCUGCCCCAUCGGCUCCACCAAUCUAUGUGACUCGUGCCGCAAGAUGGAGGCAGCCCAGGCGAGCCGACAUGCAUCGACGACGAUGACAACAACAACAACAACAACAACCAACACGAAUGGCGGCGACCUGACAAAGAAGCGGCGACGGCUGCAAUCCCCCGAAGCGGCCGAGAUGCCAUCCAUCGACGCCUUCCGCUCGCACUACGGCGGUGCAUUUGUCGUCCUGCCACGCCGCGCAGCAAAUGUGUCGCCCACACCGUCCGACGAGUCGUCGGACGAAGACGUCGGGUCGAGCGUGCACGCAGGGCCUCCGUCGUCGAGCACCGGCCACAGUAGCGGCAGCAGCGGCCGCAGCUGCUCGCGACCCUCGGCGUCGACGCAGGGGAGCCUGUCCCGGCUCGGUACAUCUUCGCUACCAGGCACCGUCCCACCUGGUGUGGGAUCCGUGCCGGACAGCAUGUCUUUGCCAAAACCGCAGCAGCUGGCCCCUGCGGUCGACGACUUCUUCCCGACCGUUUCGCUGCCUGAUCUUUGGGCCGGAACCUCACCGUCCGUUGUCGCAAACGCUAGCCUGGGUGAUACGGCCGCGUUCAUGGGGCUGUCGAGCGCGUCCAGCGAUGGACAGCAUGCACAGCCGGGUGGCGGCGUGACGCUGUCGAUGGAGCCCCCGCAUGACUUCUCGUCAAUGAACGAGACCGUCACAGCCGGACUGGAUGAGGCCACGAUCCAGGUUCUGCUAUCGGGUGACACAAGAACUGGCGGCCAAUUGGAGGGUCCGGAUCCGUGGACGACGUUUUUGCAGGCGGGCGAUUUUGACAACACGGACUGGAGCACGAUCGACAACCAGUCAUGA